AUGUCGACUAGUCUGGAGUUGGGACCUUUUGGUCAAAUGAUUGGCGUCCAUACCUACAACAUCAAGACCCUGGGCUUUACCACUCAAGAUGAUGCUGCACAAGAAAGAGCUAUCGAGAGCCUUACCGCAGCGGCAAACAAACUCGUAACCCACUUUCCAUGGCUCACUGGGCAAGUCAUCAAUUCCGAAGCCAGUUCGACCAGCUCGGGAACCUUCAAGAUUGUUGCGUAUCCCCCACACGAAGGAGCAGCCAAAUUCAUCCAUGUCAAAGAUUGUAAAGAGCUUCUUCAGCCGUAUCAAACUAUUCUAGAAGCGAAAGCGCCUCUCUCUAUGCUCGAUGGUCGCAUUCUAAGCCCCGGCUACGGAUUCCCGUACAUGUAUCCUUCUGCGGAGAAGAUGCCAGUGUUCUACGCACAAAUCAACCUGCUGAAGGGCGGUAUAUUACUCACCAUAAAUGCACAGCACAACGUCAUGGAUGCAAACGCAGACAGCCGAAUCAUUCGAUGUUUCGCAAAACUCUGCGCUGGCGGAGAAGUCACUCCAGAAGAAUUGAAAUUGGGAAACGCCGACCGCGACGAGAUAUUCCCUUCCAGUAACAAUGGCGAAGAACUCGAUAAGGUAGAGUGGUUCCGCGUGCCUUCGAUGCUUCCUUUCUCGCCUCCAUGGCCACCACAGUAUGGCAACGCCCCGUGGCACUGCUUUCGCAUACCCGCAUCCAGCAUCACGGCUUUGAAAGAGAUGGCGAAGGCCGCGAUGCCUAAUGAUCACUCAAACGACGCCUACGCCGCUCCAUACUUCUCCACCGACGACAUCCUCACCGCGCUGAUAUGGAAGCACCUAGUGCGCAGCCGCUCCCUUUCCAGCGCCGCUACAAGCGGUCUCGUCCGCGCCGUAAACGGCAGAUCGCACUUCGACCCACCCGUUCCUGCCGGCUACAUCGGCCACGCAGUGACAUGCGUGUGGACUCGCGUCCCACUAUCCGAGCUCCUAAGCAUGCCGCUCCCAUCUGUCGCCUUCGCCCUGCGCAAAAAUCUAAUCGAGUAUGCAUCGCCUCACCACCUUCAAAGCCUGGUACAUUUGCUUCGAACAACCGACGACAAGACGACCAUCAACUACGGCGCGGCUAUGAAUAUGGAAACGGACGUCAUGGUGACGAGCCAUGUCGCGCAUGGUAUUUACGAUGCGGACUUUGGGGCGCAAAGUGGAUUGGGGAAGCCGGAUGUUGUGAGGAGACCGAAUUUGCCGGAUGGGAGGGGCUGGCGUACUUGUUGCCGAGGGGAGGGAUGGGAGUGUGGAUGUUGUGGCUGGGUUGUUGGCGGGGAUCUGAAGACGUUGAGGGAGGGGAGGGUGCGGAGGAGUGGGAGAGGUAUGUUGAGUAUAUUGGGUGAGGAGGCAGAUGGAGGUGUUGUGAUUAGCGGGCGUGCGUGA